AUGACUCAAUAUCUUGCCAAUGAUUCACAUCUCAAGCUUAGCUCUAUCACCAAGCCAGCUUUCCGCCUCAGCCAUCCUAUCAUUGUUCGUCUUUUUCCCAUUGACCUUCCUAGAAAAGCAUCUCCGGCGAUGACUCUCAUAUCUAUUAUAACCAAUGUCCGAUAUGAAGAGUUUCAAGAAAUGCCGAAGCAUGGCUAUGAUCGGAUGGAUGGUGGCAGCGGUAGACAGGCAGCCGACAUGGACUUCGGCUGGGCCGGCGAUGCGGCUGACCGCCUGGAUGCCGGAUCGCCGGAAUCCUUCGAGGAGAUCGAGCGACCUCCGCUCCGGCAUAUCGACAAAUACGUGCGAGCGGAGUGCCCCUGUCUUAGCCAGCGAUACACCGUGGCGGUCAUGACCUGCCUAGGGUUUAUGAUAAGUUUCGGAAUUAAGUGCAAUCUUGGAAUGGCUAAAUUGAGGCUGGAAGCUCUGAUGCAUAACAGGACGGAGUCGUCACACGGUAUAAUUUUCAACUGGACAGUAGGCAUGGAGAGCGCCGUCGAUUCCUCCUUCUUCUGGGGUUAUUUCUUUACGCAAAUUCCGGGCGGAUUUUUGGCUUCUAUGUAUCCCGCCAACCGGAUAUUUGGAACAGCCAUCGUCGGAACAUCCUUUCUGAAUCUAUUGAUGCCCGGAGCGAUGGAUCUACAUCCUACGGUCGUUAUCAUAGUUAGGAUCAUGCAGGGACUAGUCGAGGGUGUAACAUACCCGGCGUGCCACGGUAUCUGGCGAUUCUGGGCCCCGCCUCUGGAGCGCUCACGUUUGGCUACAAUUGCGUUCUGCGGCUCCUACGCCGGCGUAGUCGUCGGAAUGCCGCUAUCAGGUAUACUAGCCGGCAAAAUAGGUUGGCAGGCCCCAUUCUACUUCUAUGGUGUCUUCGGGCUUAUAUGGUUUGUGUUUUGGUUAUGGUUAACAUUUGAAAAACCACGUAACCAUCCUGUGAUAUCAAUAAAGGAGCUAAAAUACAUAGAACAAAGUCUCGGAGAAUCGACUCAAAUAGCCAUGCCGACAAUCAGCACGACUCCUUGGAGGAAGUUUGCGACUUCUAUGCCAGUCUACGCAAUUAUUGUGGCGAACUUUUGUAGAUCCUGGAAUUUUUAUCUACUAGUUAUUUUCCAAUCGGCCUAUUUGCAGAACACAUUUGAUUUCAAAAUCGAAGAGACUGGUCUUGUUGGAUCAUUGCCUCAUUUACUGAUGGCUACUAUAGUUCCAUUUGGUGGUUUAUUGGCUGAUUAUCUGCGGAAAUCCGGGCUGAUGACAACAACAACCGUUCGUAAAGUCUUCAACUGCGGCGGAUUUGGUAUGGAAGGAAUAUUCUUCCUUGUCGUAGCCCAUGCAAAAACAGCUAUGGCUGCUACAACUGCACUAACAUUUGGAGUGGCAUUUAGUGGAUUUGCUAUAUCUGGCUAUAAUGUGAACCACUUGGAUAUUGCGCCAAGAUACGCCAGUAUUUUGAUGGGUUUGUCCAACGGAAUUGGAACAAUAGCUGGUCUGAUAUGUCCUAUAGCUGUAGAUCAUAUAACUAGAGCAGGGGGUAAAGAAAGUUGGAAAACAGUGUUCAUUUUGGCAGCUACGAUACAUUUCAUAGGCAUCACUUUCUAUGGACUUUUCGCUUCAGGAGAGUUGCAAGAAUGGGCUGAACCAACCGCCGAGGAACAACAGUCGUGGAAUCCUUCUGUUAUUGUUCACAAGCAAAUUGUGAUGCACAGGGAAACAUCAUUUGGUUCUCCUGUGGAUCCAAAUUCCAAGCUAAACAUCGGUGCCGGUCCUGGUUACGGAGCAGUAGAACCCAUUCACCCCACGAACCCAUUUGCCUACGCAAAUCCUGUCACUGAAGAACACGUGCAGCCUGAAGCCACUGAUUCCUAUAUGCACGGCGGUGACGACCUCGGAAAAUAUCAAUAA